AUGUUCGUGGCCCACCAAAAUACUCUUCCUUCGCACGAGGGGCGUAAGAGGGAUAAUUCCGAGGCCUUGAAGGGCUCAAAUCGCGAGGCCUUGGAGGGCUCAAAUCGCGAUGCCUUGGCGGCGGACGCCGAGGGGACGGAGAUCGGCCACGAGACCGCAAUCUGUACCUCCUUUCAGACAUGUUUUUCCAACGCUGAAACCGAUAAACGUAAUUCCCAAAAAGGAAACUGGAAGCAAAAACAAACGCCGGAACCGUACCCUCAAAGCCAAAGCAUUCAGCGGCAACACGUCGCAUUAGCUAUUAAACAAAAAAAGGACGAUUCUAAGGUUCUAUCAAAGAAACAAACCCAAAACCAGAUUAAUUUUAAAGAGUUUCAGAACAGAGAUGACCAAAUGGCAUUACCAAAACAAGUGUCCUCAGACCAUCCUAAGUACCAAAACAACAAAAAUCACACAAUCCAUCGGUAUUCUUACCUUAACUUUCACACACUCCCAAAAACAUGCAAUGCGUACAGUCACGAAACGAGUUCCCAAGCUUUAUGCAUAAUGUCAUCAUCCACAAACGGCCUUAAAGACCAGAUCUUGCAAUACGUCUCCAGCUCCCCAGACAACAAAGACUCGUAG